GUUUUCCGUUAUUUCCCAAUCAACAUUAGGCUCGUCCCCGAACCUUAGGUUCGUGUAGCCUAACCUUUCAACGGCCACGAUCUCAUCGCGCUCUCGCUUCCACCUCUCAAAAGCCUCACACUCGUAAGCCCAAGAGAGGAGUUCCCUAUUACUCGCUCGGACUACUUUCUCUCUGACUCUCGAUCCCUUGUUGUUCUUUCGUGGCGGCGACCUAUGGCGGAGCCGGAGCAUGCUGGUGAGCAUGAAAAGGAGGCUGAAUCUUUGAUGGAGAAGAUCAGCGAGAAGAUCCACGGUCAUGAUUCGUCUUCAUCGUCUUCCGAUUCCGAUGAUGACAAGCCAUUGCCCGCUGAUUCUGUCAAGGCCAAGAUUUAUCGGCUCUUCGGGAGGGAGAAGCGCGUUCAUAAAGUCUUGGGCGGUGGAAAACCUGCUGAUGUUUUUCUAUGGAGAAACAAGAAAAUAUCCGCAAGUGUGCUUGGUGGUGCUACUGCACUGUGGGUCUUUUUUGAAUUGCUAGAAUACCACCUGAUCACUCUUGUCUGCCAUGUUUUGAUACUCGCUCUGGCUAUCUUUUUCUUGGGGUCGAAUGCAUCUACCUUUAUCAACAAGUCUCCACCACACAUACCAGAGGUUACACUUCCCGAGAAGUGUGUCCUUGAAGUUGCCUCUGCUAUCAGAUUUGAGAUCAACCGUGCAUUGGCUGUUGUUCGAGAUAUUGCAUCUGGCAGAGAUUUGAAGAAGUUCCUUAUUGUUGUGGCUGGUUUGUGGAUUUUGUCCCUGGUGGGGAGCUCCUUUAACUUCUUGACCUUGUUCUACAUAUCCUUUGUUCUUCUGCACACAGUGCCAGUGCUCUAUGAGAAAUAUGAGGAUCAGGUUGAUGCAUUUGCGGAAAAAGCAAUGAUUGAGAUCAGGAAACAGUACGCAGUGUUUGAUGCAAAGGUUUUGAGUAAGAUUCCCAAAGGGCCGUUGAAGGACAAGAAGAAGAAUUAGAUAUUAUAUACGCCUAUAUGGUGGUAGUACCUAUUAGCCAUGUUGGCACCUGUAGCUAUUUUGUUAUGGUGGUGUUCUGGCUCGUCCUUUUGAAUCCCUCUUCUAUCUUGUGUUUCAGAACUUUUGUUUGCAGUUUAAGAUAGAUAUGACACUCAGCGUCACAGUUAGUCCUUACAUUUUCAAGAAAUGCAGCUUGGCACUCGUUGCUGCCGUAGUAUUUGAUACGGAAGUACUUGCUCAUUUUUGUUCUUAAUAAUUAGCAAAUAUUUGACUGAA